UGUGCGAUCACGUAGGCUGCUAGAUGCUUACGUGAAGUUGUGUGCCAAUUAGAAUCAGCGCGAAAUCGACAGAGAUAGUGCGAUAUUUGGGUUUACCCGAGACGCCCCUGGCGAGGGUGAGGAGUCAAAGGGAGCUGGGAAACUGGGGAGGGGAUUCCAAAUCCUGACAGCUUUAUGGAGCCCAGUUCUGGCAGGCUCCCAGGACUCGAAGCCACCAGACCCCACAUGGAACCAAGGGCCUCGUGUCCAGCCGCUGCGCCCUCGGUAGAGAGGCAGUUCCGUGUCCUUGUGGGUGUCACUGGGAGUGUGGCGGCCCUGAAGUUACCUCUCCUGGUGUCACAGCUUUUGGACAUUCCUGGCCUGGAAGUAGCAGUGGUCACAACUGAAAGAGCCAAACAUUUCUACAGCCCCCAGGACAUUCCUGUCACCCUCUACAGCGAUGCGGAUGAAUGGGAGAUGUGGAAGUGCCGGUCUGACCCAGUUCUCCACAUUGACCUUCGGAGGUGGGCAGACCUUAUGCUGGUGGCUCCUCUCGAUGCCAACACUCUGGGGAAGGUGGCCAGUGGCAUCUGUGACAACUUGCUUACCUGUGUCAUCCGGGCCUGGGACCGCGGAAAGCCCCUGCUCUUCUGCCCAGCAAUGAACACUGCCAUGUGGGAGCAUCCCCUUACCUCGCAGCAGGUGGGCCAGCUCCAGGCCUUUGGCUAUAUCGAGAUCCCCUGUGUGGCCAAGAAGCUGGUGUGUGGAGACCAAGGUUUGGGGGCCAUGGCUGAGGUGGACACCAUUGUGGACAAAGUGAAGGAAGUUCUCUCCCAGCAUGCUGGCUUUCAGCAGGGUUGAACCCAGGAUCUCUCAUGUGUGUCCCUCUGUACCCAGUGUGUUUUCAGGCCAUGUCAGUGAAGGUGGACAUUGGCAAAGUAUGGCGGGAAUUCACCUUUGCUGAGUAGGGGUCUAGCCUGGGUCUGCUCCACACUCUCCAAGGGCCCGACCUGCCCCAAGGUAAAUUGGCCCAGGUCUCAACUUCUUUCAGCCAGGAGACUCCUUGCUAUCUGGAGUUCCUCCCCUCCUUUUCCUGGGAUGGUUCCAGCAAGCCAGAGGGGCAAGCUGCUGCAUUGUCCCUGUGCCUCUAGGAGGGGACUGAGGAGUGACUGGCCAACCUGAUUCCCCAUUGUGCCCAGGAACCACUUUUAGAAAUGGUCUCAGCUGGAGAUUCCCAGUGUGGUGGGCCCCUGGCUAGGCCUUUGGAACUUCAGCUGCCCUGCAGGGUCAGGAAAGCCUACACGUUGCAAAGACCCUGAUCAUGCUGUAAGAUUGGGGGUACUGGGAAAUAAAGAAAAGUGACCUUUUGAGAGACUCCUUCCUUCUUUCACAGCCCAUCUGUGGUCUCAGAGAUCGGGGUGUUGCUAGGUGUGGGUGAGGAAGGAUCUGGUGCUUGUUAGGCCCCAUGGCAUACAGUGGUUAAGGGCAAAGGGCUCUGAAGCAAGACAGCCCUAGUUUAAAUCCCAGCUCUACCACCUGCUAGCAGUGGGACCUUGGCUCAGGGCUCAGUCUUUCUGACCCUCACUUUCCUCAUCUGUAUUACUCUACCCUCCCAGAGUUAUUAAGAGAAUCAAAUGAGAUAAUUUGUGUAGAAUAACCACCCCCCUGAGUGCCUCCUACAUAGUAAAUGUAAAAUAAAUGGAAGUUUAUUCCUAACAUUA